UUUUUUUUUUUCUAUUCGUAUCUAUUUAGCCUAAUGAUUUUAUAAAAAAUUCAGAUACCUGUGGUUUAAGAGGUUGGAAACAUUUCCCCCUAUUGCGGGAUAUUCUCGCAAAAACGCGAUUACUACUCUCGCUACCCUCUCGAGUAAGAGUAAAUAUAUCCCGUACAACCAAUAAAAAGAACAAAAAGUGCCCAAAUGUCUGAUACGUCAAACAAUAAAAUAUAAAAACAUGAUGUGCUUUGGAUUUCAGCCUCCUUCCAUCUUACAUGUAGCAACAUUGAUAUGAAAUUUCUUGACUGUGUUGUAAAUUUUAUAGAGACAAUGUCAUGCUGAGUGUGUGUCAAACUUAUUCAGCAUUGCACAGAAUUUGCCAUUAUUUUCAUUAAAGACACCAAAACACCUGUUAAUUCAAUAAUUGUAAUGUUUACUUUCUUACUAGAGGGAUAAUCAUGUUUUAGCGAGAAGAUCUCGCCAUAGGAGAUGUAAGUUAGCUGAUUAAAUGAUGUUCGUCAUCAUGUUACGCUUGGUUGAUCUUCAAGUAUGGGGUAAAAUGACACCAAGCUGAAUGGAAACAGAUUCAGAUGUUGAAGUUCUACUGGAAGAGCAUCCAUGUUCAGAGGAUCAAGAAUCUAAAACAUCCAUGUUCAAACCACUGAUUGGUUCAGAGGAAAACAAGUGGCUAGAGGAAAAGUAUGCUGAUAUAGAUGAAGACAGCCUGGAACAUUAUAAGUAUUCUGAAUCCAGGAAACCUGUAUUGUCAAAAUGUUCAGGAAAGGGAAGGGAUUCUAAACAUGUUAGUAGGAGUACAAAGAUAAAUGAAGAACAGCAAGUGAACAAAAGGUUUCAUGGUUCUACAAUCAGAGCUAGAGCUUGUGAUGAGCAGAAAAAGUCAGAGGUUGACAUUUUUGAAGAAGAAGAGGGUGAUACCGGAAAUGAGAGUAUAUUCAGACCGCUCAGUGGAAAUGAGGAGGCGAACAGGCUGAAAGUAAAGUACAGUGAAUCGGAUGUAUUUGAAGUUGAUGAUAGUGCAGACGAAUUCCUGAAAUGUACCACUUCAAAGAAACCCAAACUAAUGUUUAUAACCCCAGAGAAGACCUCAAAUAAACAGAGAGGAACACCAAAGUCUGUAACCAGAAAGGGUGUCAAAUCAGCCAAGUCGCAAUUAAAGAAAACGAAUUAUGGUGGCCAUGGAUACAGUUCUGAUUCAGAGGAUGAGGGAAAAGAUUUCACACACAUUAAAACAACUUCUAACAAUAGUGAUGUUGAAGUCACUGAUGAUGAUACCGCGGACUGGGUUGUCACAGAAAACAGAAGUGGAAAGUUCACUAAUCCACAUAGCAGAGGUGGAAAAUCCACUACCACACACAGCGAAGGUUACAAUGAGGAGGAUUUUGAAAAACCCAGAUUUGAAUGUAGAAUAUCUUCAGCAGCAAAAGUUCCUUUCAAACUGUGUGAUCCGACUGACGACAGACAAGUAGAGGUUCCAGCCCCGUUGAACCAGCAUCUGAGAGACUACCAGCGAGAAGGAAUCCAGUUUUUAUAUGACCAUUAUAAGAAAGGAAGUGGUGCUGUGUUGGGGGAUGAUAUGGGCCUGGGAAAAACCGUGCAGGUCAUUGGCUUAUUGGCAGCAUUACUUGGAAAACAAUGCAAUAAGAAGGACAUCAUGAAACAGAAACCAAAGUUCAUUAGAGAGAUGUCGGAUAGCUUGGAGGAGAAAAUGGAGGAGGAUGCAUACAAAUGUCAGCCAUUUUUGGUAAUAGGUCCUGGGAGUGUCCUCUACAACUGGAUGGAUGAGUUUGAGGCCUGGGGAUACUUCAGAGUGGGAAAAUAUCAUGGUAAUGAGAAGGCUGAAUGCUUGCACAAAUUAGGGAAGCACAGGUUGGAGAUAGUGGUGACUACAUUUGAAACAUUCAGGGAAAACAUGGAUGAGCUGAACUCAUUUGAAUGGGAGGCUGUUAUAACUGACGAAGUGCAUAGAAUUAAGGGAUUACAGGCCCAGGUGACCAAUGCCCUGCGGUCAAUAAAGACCCGGCGUCGGUACGGACUGACAGGGACAGCUCUACAGAACAACAUGAAGGAACUCUGGAGCAUUCUGGACUGGGUUCAGCCUGGUUGUCUUGGCAGCAUUGAUACGUAUAUAGAGAAGUUUGUGGUUCCCAUAGAAACUGGUCAAAAACUGGAUGCCUCCAAAAGGGAGCUUGCACUAGCUAGAAAAGUAAAAGAGAAGUUUGCUGCAAUCAGAAAUAAGAUCAUGAUCAGAAGAACUAAGCAACUCAUUGCGGAUCAACUCCCACAAAAAGAUGACAAUGUGGUGUUCUGUCGAUUGAGUGAUCUGCAGGAACAAGUGUACCGGUUUAUUCUGGCUCACCCUGGUCUGGUUCACGUGAUGUCAAUGGAUGAACCGUGUCAUUGUGGAAGUGGGGAGGCCCGCAGAUUCUGCUGCAAACAAGUGACCAAAGAGGUGACAGUGACUGGAGUACAGUUUAUUUUUAUGCAUCUGCUGCUGAAAGUGUCCAAUCAUGCUGCUCUGUUGAUUGAGAAUCCAAAUCGUCAGGUGUCCAAGUAUUCCCAGAUGAUCUGCAAGGCCGUGUUUCAGGAGUUUCCCCACUUCUACCAUCACACUCAAGACUCGGCCUUCAGAACACUGUCUGAUCCUAAGUACUGUGGUAAAAUGAAAAUACUGCAGAGAUUGCUGAAGGUUUUCCAGAAGGACCACAGUAAAGUCCUGCUUUUCUCUUACAGCACUAGGGUGCUGGACAUUAUUGACCAAUACUUGAUCACUACUGGGUAUGAGUACAGACGACUAGAUGGCAGCACAAGUAUGUCCAAACGAUCAGUGCUGGUCAGAGAAUUCAACAAAGAUCCUAACAUCUUCCUUUUCUUGAUCUCAGCUAAAGCUGGUGGGUUAGGGUUGAAUUUAACAGGAGCCAACAGAGUUAUCAUAUUUGAUCCGAGCUGGAACCCAACAAAUGACCUUCAAGCUCAAGACAGGGCUUACAGAAUUGGUCAGUGGCGUGAUGUCCAUGUUUACAGGUUGAUAUCAGCAGGUACCAUAGAGGAGAACAUCUACCUGAGGCAGGUGUACAAGCAACAAUUAGACAGUGUAGCCGUUGGGACGGAGAAUGCACGAAGGUAUUUCAGAGGUAUAGCUGGUGACAGGAAGAGGCAUGGAGAGUUGUUUGGGAUUAAAAACAUGUUCCAGCUCCACACCGGGGACUCCAGUAGAACUAUGGACAUACUCAAGAAAAAUGAAAACCUGGAGCGGAGUCUGACAGACUUUAAAAUGGCUAAGUAUGUGCCUGGUACUACUGGCCGAGUUAGUGUGGAAGAAGAUCUGGUGGAAGACACUGAAGAAGAUUCGGUGGAAGAGGAGGAAGACUGUUUGUCUAAAUAUCUUGAUCUUCACUACAGCGAUAGUGAUCCAGACGUCUUUAGUCGAAGUUCAGUCGAGGGUCGGGUUAAGAGGAAGAGAGAUAGUACAGAAAAGAGAAAGAGAGAUGGUACAGAAAAGAGAAAGAAAGAUGGUACAGAAAAGGACUCACCCACCAAAGCAGGAACUGUAUUAGAAGAUGAUUUUGUCGUCCACGUCUUGAAGAAUCGUCAGAUUGUUGGAGGAAGUCGGGCUGAGGAUCACAUGUCACGAUGUGCCAUGCAGGAUGUGUUCGAACUCCACCAAAAUUCCCAAGAGCCAGCAGCCCAUUGUCAACCUCUGUCAGAGCCAGAGAGCGAGGAUGAGAAGACUGAACAAGUCACAAAGAAACGGAACAUUCCAUAUUCUACAACCAUAGGAACAAAGAGAGUUUUGGUUGGCCAAACCCCUCCCACAAUUAGGACUAAGCUGUUUAAAGAGAUGACCAAGUUUCAUAAGAAGAGGACAGUGGUGGACUUUGCAGAGGAAGUUUUGAGAUCUUCCCCAGAGGGAAGGAAGACAUUGCUGGAGUCAUACUACACACAGUUACAGCCCUAUCUCUCCUCUGUCUUCCAUGAAGCAGUUCAGGAAAAAAACACAGCCUCGGACAAUUGCAGAAGACCAGGCAAGUCUCCAAAGGCUUCUGGUAGAAAGAAGAGGAAAGCUCCAGCUCCGCAAACAUCACCUACUCCAGCUCCUGUAGUGUCGCACGUCAGUGAAGUGACAAAACACAGGUCAAAGGCCAUCAGCAAAACCAGAGAACCUUUCUUUGUGCCCAGACAGAUAGAACUGUAUAAUGAAGAAAGCCAGGAAGUUUCGCAUGACUCAUUUGAUGUCAGUACAGAUGAUCUCCUGCAGGAGAUAUGCUACCAGAGUGAGGAAAGGGGAGUGGAAAAGGGUGACUGUGGAGUUAAGAUUGAGGAUUCCCAAAUGAACAAGAGUGAGAAACCCAGUACCUCUACUGUUUCUGUGCUGGAUGAACUGUUCUCACCUUCUGUAAGGGAAAGAAUGAAGCGAAAACCAGCACCAAAGAAAAACAGGCAAAGCAAGAAAAAUUGUGACGGUUCUGACGACUUGUUCACUGAUUCAUUUUCAACUGAGGAGGAGGUGGAAGAGUGGAGUAAAAUCAGAACAGAUAACACUCUUAAAGAUGAAGAUGUGGAUUGUUUCACUGAACCAUCCAGGAGAAGGAAGCGGAGAAGUAAUGCCCAGGUGAUUGUAUCCAGACUGAUUGAGGAGAGUGAAGCCACAUACAGAAGACUGCCGGUGGUGCCUAUUGGGAGUGAGCUGGACGAGGUGGACUCUUGUGACAGAAGUCCUAGUUUGUUUUGAAGAAAACCAACUGAUAAACCUGUUAUAUGUUAGUCUUGUUUUGAAAAGUUAUGCAUUUAUGUAUUUGGUUUAUAACUUUUCAUUUGAGUGUUACAGAUUUAGUUAAGAUUUAUAAUCUUGAGACAUCUAUUUUGCCAAGCUUUUUUUGUUAUGGGAAGUGAGAGGUGUUAAUAUGAUGCAUUUUAUUACAUGUAAAAAUGUAUUUUAUUUGCCAGUGAACAUUUAAUACCCGUUACAUUUGUUUUAGAAUUAUGAAUUUUUGUAAUGCAUCUGUAAAUCAGAUUUUAUAAUUUUAUAGAAGGGCUGGUAGAAAAUUUUAAUGUACAAAUGAUAGAACUUUAUUGAGGAGUAUUUUUUUUAUCAAACUUGUUAUACACCAACAUUAUUACAAACAGCACAUGUAUGAAACAUUGUUAGAUUUCCUGACUUGCACCUUUGAUUACAGUGUGUUGAUUGAGAUGAAAUGACCCAUAACAACCUGUGUAUUGACUGUGAGACUACUCAAACACACUUGUCAACUUCCAACAUAAGAUUUCUUCUGGGUUUCCAGGCCAUUGAUCAUCUCAGCAAAAUCCAGUUUCUCAUGCUAUUCUUAUAUUACAUUUAAAUGUAUGGCUACUUAUUAUUAUGAAUUAUCAAAAUCUCUCAAAUUUUGUAUCAUCAUGUUUUUAAUGCAGUCUACGGAUGAUAUUGCUAUUGAAAUACUAGCAAGAGUUUUACAUGUUGACUUCUAUGUUGAAUUGUAAGUGAAGAAUAAAAAUGCAUUCAAUGAAA